AUGGAGGAUGCUUCAGCGAUAGAUGUCCUUGACCUCCAAUCUAGUCCGCGUUAUCUAUUUCGGCAGCCACUGGCACUGCAAUGUUUUGAGAGUGGGAAACUUGUGAAGCGGCAGGAAGGGGAACGACAGGCAGGAGAGAAUUUCUCCCUUUUCAAGGGCUGCUGGAUAUCGGCCUUACUGAUAUUCAGCUGCGCAGGACGUUUUGAGCUUACCUUGGACCUUCUCUAUGUCGCAAUUCUGGCCAAUUUCGCAGAAACGCUGGCCGAGGAAACUUCGGGCGCAUACAUAGCUAAGUAUUAUGUAUAUUUUCGGCACAUUGUUCGAGAUACUUUACUCAUUAGUGGCAUCAGAAGCUGGCUGUUUCUCUUGCUUAUCCUCGCACCUACCUGGCACAUUUGGUCCGACCUCCGGGAGUUGAUGAACACUUUUUACAAUAACGACCUGUUACAACAUGUUCUUAUUCUCUGGGUUAUGGCUGUUCUGGUAAUGUACGGCAACAAUGCUCCCCUAGUUAACGAUAAUAUUAGCGCUAUGCGGACCACCGUCGGCUAUGGUCGCGCGCAUGUCCUGUGGCGCAGCUUAUCUGCUAUACUUCUUUGCCAGCUAUCACCACAAAUCACAGCAGCGGCUUUGGUUUACCCUCUGGACAAGCUACCAAUUGCGUAUGGAGCCGAGUUCGACUCGUAUGCAGAUCAGCAUGAAGAUGAUUGUCUUCCGGGCACUAGGACUGAGCUUCUUAAAUCAGUUGCAGAAUGGGCUGUGUCGCCACAUGGAAAGUGUAUAUUUUGGUUAAAUGGCAUGGCAGGAACAGGAAAGUCUACCAUCGCCCGAACAGUCGCAAAGUCCUUUAAGGAGAAGGGGCAGCUAGGAGCCAGUUUCUUCUUUAAAAGGGGCGAAGCAGACCGUGACAAUGCAAAAAGACUGAUAUCAACUAUUAUAAGACAGUUAGUAACGACUCAUCGGGAGCUGGAACCUCUUGUCUUAAAGGCGAUUAAGGAUAAUCCAAAUAUUCCGGCAAAGUCUCUUAGAGAACAGUUCGAUAAACUUCUUCUUCAACCACUGUUAGGUAUUAAUCCAAAUCAGUCCACUAUCAUAGUGAUCGUGAUCGAUGCUUUGGAUGACUGA